AUGAGUGGAGAAUAAUAAAAUAGAAAGUCUAAAAUAGCACCAUUAACACUAUAAUUUUUUUAAGCCCUUACAAAAUUAGAAGAAGGAUUUCAUAUCAAAGUACUGGAUAAAUCUAAAAUCAAUACUUUGAUAUAAAAAUAUGGUAUAUUUGACUUUAAUUAUGUAGCUCAAUUGGUUGAGUAUUAUGAUUUCUAUAAAGACCCCAUAAAAAACUAUUUUCUUGAUAAAAUCUAAUUUGUUCUUUCAAGACCAGAUACAAUUAAAUCAAUGUUUCAAUAAGACACUAUAUAAGAGGAGGAUGAACAAUAGAGCUACAAUCACCUCUAAGUCCCAAAAUAAAUGACUGUUUCUAGAGCACCUUCAAUUGCUGAGUAGAUAGAUCGUAAGAACGUACUUAAAGGACUAGAGUUUAAUGAAAAUCAUUAGAAAUCAAGAGGAUAAUAAAUGAACUUGACUUUAUAAAUUUAGAUGCUUAAAAAAGAGCAAGAACCUUCUUUGAAUAAAUUAAUGUCUGUAAUCAUAAUUAUUAAAUUAGGAUUAUAAAUCAGAGACAGAAAAAAUGGAUCAAUAUAUAUAAUCAGAAAUGAAAAUACAAACUGAUGCUGUCUAACAAAAAUUAGAAUAAAGGAAGAAGAAAUUAGUGAAUUAAUAAAAUAGAAUGUUUCGAACAGAGGCUUCUGAUGAUGAAUCAACUCCUCAACUUUAGCCAUUUGAUUGA